ACGUGAGCAGAAUGUUAGGUGCAGCCUCGCAGUAUAGUGCUCGGCUGGCUAGCUGCAGGAGUGGAAGCUAACUCGGCAGCAGAGUGAGUCUGAAGAACAGAGCCAAACGACCGCUUGUGGACAAAUGGAAGACGAUCAACAAGGGCAAGCUGACGAUAUCCAUGUCGUGAACAUCCUUCCCCUGGCAGAAGAGUUGAGGGAGCAGCUGGCCAUCAACCACUCCUCGGAGGAGCAACUCGGCGGUGGCUCGCCGUCGUGCCCCAUCACCAUCGCCGAGGUCGGACGCUUAACGCGCAACGUCGACGCGGCGAUGUACGACCCGCACCACAUCUCCAUCGGCCCGUACCACCUGCUCAGAAACCCGGACCUCGUAAGGGAUGCCGAGAAAAUCAGAAGCCUCGAAGCAAUACUGUCGGCGGCGAGCGGCGGCACGGUGCUGGAGGAGUACGUCGACGAGCUUGAGCGCCUCGAGGGUGACGCGAGGAGAUGCUACGCUCACUCGUUCCCCGAAAUCACAAGCAGGGUGUUCGUGCGCAUGCUGCUACUCGACGGCUGCUACUUGCUGGCCCAGUUCGGCACGAUCGGCGGCGGAGGACGCAGGAGCCAUGCCGGUGCUGACAUGGCCAAUGGCCAUGUUGAGGGCGGCACUCUGUUGGCGCCGGCGGCACCCAGCGGCGACAGGCUGGAGACUCUCGCGGUGGUGCGCGAUGUAUUCUACCUUGCAGAGAACCAGAUACCAUUAUUCAUCCUCGACAAGAUCCUCCAGAUAAAUGUUUCUGACCCAAGCGCUCACGCCGCGGACUGGAUCUUGUGGUUCGUCCAAGCAAUCCUGCAGACGUACUCGGUGGCGUCGCUCCCGUCGCCGAGACCAGGCAAUCUGCUGCAUCUACUGCACAUGCACUUGCAGCCCACUAAUCCCCCAUCGUCAGACACGGCCGGGGAUACCACCGGCGGCAAGAAGCUGGGACGGUGGCGCACGGCGACGGAGUACUACUUCGUCGGCGUGACCUUAAAGCCGCGGCCGCUCGACGGCGCUGUCGGCACGGUCCGGAGCGUCCUCGACGUGCACCUGGACAGUGGCGGCGGCACGCUGGAGAUCCCGCCGCUGAUCAUCGACGCCGAGACGUGGCGGCUGCUGCACAACCUGAUGGCGCUGGAGCAGCGCAACCCGGGGCCGGCGGCCGCCGGGAGCCACGUCACGGCGUACUGCGUCUUCAUGUCGCAGCUGGCGUGCACGGCGGCGGACGUCGACCUCCUGUCGAGCAAGGGGAUCAUCGCGCACGCCCUCGGCAACAACGGCGAGGUCGCCAGCCGCUUCGCCGACCUCUGCAAGGGGAUCCUGUUCAGCCUGGACGACCCCCGCGGCAACUACCUGAGAGGGACGUGCCAGGCGCUGGAGGAGCGGUUCCAGAGCCGUGCGCGCCGGUGGAUGGCGUGGCUGGGGCGCAAGUACUUCGACAACCCGUGGCUCUUCAUCGGGCUCCUGGCAGCUGCCGUUGGGCUAGCUUGUACCGUCGUGCAAGCAGUGUAUGCUGUUUUGUCUGACAAAUAGGAAGCCUUAUUCAGGGAUGUUUGUAUAUAUUCUGGUGUUCUUGUAUCGAUUUCAACUGCUUAAAAAAGUUUGUAUGCUGCUUAGAGAACGAACUUUGAUAGUUGUAAUUAGUAGGCCGUAAAAUUGGGGAUAAUAUUUCAUUAGGACAUUAUAUGACCGUGGUAUGGUAUGUUCCUUUGUAUUU